AGCUGCGCAUGCGCAGUUCAACUUUUCCGCAUUGGGCUCCUUCACGCUUCCUCAUUGACAGCGCCUAAAGGAAGAAAGCAGCGAUACACUGUGUCAUUUACACUCGCGACAGUUUUUAUACCGUUUCUACCUAUUAUUGACGUCUUAAACAACUCGGAAGUCUUCUUUAAAAGUCUUGGAAAGUUCAGAAAUGUCAAAGCCUCCCCCCAAACCAGCUAAACCAGGCCAGGUCAAGGUGUACAGGGCUUUAUUCACCUUCGACCCAAGGACGCCAGAUGAACUGUACUUUGAGGAAGGAGAUAUCUUGUACAUCUCAGAUACAAGUGACAGUAACUGGUGGAAGGGAACAUGCAGGGGAAGGACUGGACUUAUUCCCAGCAAUUACGUGGCUGAGCAAGCAGAGUCCAUAGACAAUCCCAUGCAUGAAGCAGCCAAGCGAGGUAAUCUGAGCUGGCUCAGAGAGUGUUUGGAUAAUAAGGUUGGCAUCAAUGGACUGGACAAAGCAGGGAACACCGCUCUCUACUGGGCUUGUCACGGAGGACAUAAAGAUGUGGUGGAGAUUUUGCUGAGUCAGCCAAACUGUGAGCUCAAUCAGCAGAAUAAACUGGGAGACACGGCUCUACAUGCAGCUGCCUGGAAGGGUUAUUCAGAUAUAGUUGAGAUGCUGCUCAAUAAAAAUGCCAGGACAGAUGUGGUCAACAAUGAGAAGAAGACCGCUCUGGAUAUGGCCACCAACGCACAAUGUGCUUCUCUGCUGAAGAGGAAACUGGGAGGUGUGAUUUUGCGCACCCACAGUAACGCCGAGGAGUAUCUGGAUGAUGAAGACUCCGACUGAGAGAAGAGCAACACUUUUGAAGUCCAUUCAUUCCUAAAUUCAUUCCAACAACAACAACAAAAAAAUUAUCACAACAUGUAUAUAGAUCAGAUAUAGGCGGGAGAAAAUUUAUUUACAAGGGUGGGGAGGAUAUGAAAGCUAGUUGUCGUUGUCUGAUUGUCUCAACUUUCUUCUUCAUUCCAGUUCAUUGUAAAAGUAUUGCAUUACUUGUCUAUUCUGUACAUUUUAGGAUGGACACGGUGAACAUUCAUUCUUCUGUUUGCCGCUCCUCUUUUAACUGUAUUUAUUGCAUAGAACUCUCUUUGAUUUUAAAGUGCCUUUUUAAUAAGGAGAUCAACCAGAAUGCCUCACAGCACUGGGUCUUUUUAUUGCAAAAGUUUUAUAUGCGUGUAUGUCUGAGAAUUUUAACAGGCUGAUUGUGUUUGUGUGUGUGUGUGUGUGUGUGUGUGUGUGUGUGUGUGAGAGAUGUGCUUGAUGAUAGCUUCUGAGAUGCAUGUAAAUCUGAAUGUUACAACUAUGCAAAUAAAUCAGUGGCCUUUGCUUGAUAUGCAAGACUCAA